UACUAAUCGUCUUAUCCUUUUUCACAUCUCUUCUUCGUGCAACACAAAGGAACAAGAACAUUUUUCUUUUCCUGUUUGUUAUGAGUCAUUAUGCCAGCUAGCUACGUAAACCUACACAGAAAGAAAAACACACGCAUAUAAAAAACUAACUAAUUCUAAAUUGUUACAAAAUUUGAAAUCGCUAAGCGGCAGUUUGAAUCUGAAUCCCUAGUCGCGUUUCGCGACACGUGUUCUCUUUUGUAAAACUGACAGUUAAUAGUUAAAAAGUCAAGAGUCUAUGAUCAUAUUUCAACAACGACGGUCUUUAAUAUUUUUUUUUAUCUAUUGUAUAUUUAUUGAUUUUAUCUCAUUGUUUUAUCUUGAAUUACCAUCAAAAUGUUCUUAUGAUAGAACAAAUUUAUUAUAUUUUUUAUUAUAUUGUUUUCAUUUAUGAUUCUAUGAUACAUUUUAUAAUAUUGAUUCAAAUAUUGAAAAUUUAAUAUUAAUAAAUAAUGAUAUAUCAAAAAUAAAUUCAAUUAUAUAUCAAAAUAAUGAAAAUAUAUUAAAUUUCUAAAUAUUCAUGAAAAUAUUUAUCAGUGGUAUCAAUUAAUUAAUUCAAAUGUCUAUUGUUUACAAUAAGAAACAUUUUCAUUAUCUAAAAAUCAUAUGAAUUUUAUUUAUUUAGAUAAAAUUUAUUUUCUAAAAUUAAAAUAUAUUAAUUUGACUAAUAAUAAUUUUACAUUAUUGAUAAAUAUUAGUGGUACACAAAUAUUAUCAAUUGAAACAUCAUUAUUAUCACAUAAUCCAUUUGAAAUAGUUGAUUCAACUGAAUGUUUUCAUUCUUUAAAAUUAAGUGACAUAUCAUUUACAUCUAUAAAACAUUUAUUUAACAUUAAUAUAUUACCAUCCAUUGAAACAAUUAUUUAUCAAUCGUGUCAUCAAGCAUCAUGGCAAUGGAAAUCAAUGAUAGAAAAUUGUAUAAAAUAUAAACAUUUAUUAAAUUAG